AUGGGUGAAAGGGUGCCUAGUAAGCUGACCGAGGCUGGACUCAGUCAAGCGACCGAGAAGCUUUUGCAAGGUGGCAAGUCUUCCUCAGAUCGGCAGUCGGAAGCAGAACUCAAGAAGUCCAAAGGAAACGAAGCGUUGAAGGCUGGGCAGCUGCCCUUGGCAAUCGCUUGCUACACUAUGGCCAUAUCCGCCAUCAAACCUUUCGCUGAGAGUGCGCAGAACCUAAAACAAACAGCUGCAGUCUAUUCUUCCAACCGUUCCGCGGCCUUCGCCAAGCUGCGGCAGUGGCACUACUCGUUGGGUGAUGCCCAGGAGUCAGCGCGACUUAGUCCCCAAUGGUACAAGUCGCAGCUACGGAUUGCCACCGCCUACUUGGGGCAAGGCCACGCUGAACAUGCCUACAAGACCUAUCUCUUCGCCAGUGACUUGCCACAGGGCUAUGCCGAAGCGAUGAAGGAGUGUCAACAUGCGCUCUGGCAAAUUCCUCGCUUGGAGUCUCCACUGGCCAAGCAGCGCCUGACCCGUUUUGAUCAGGACAAGAACCGGCCCAAGGGUUGGUGCCGCAUCUUCGCGAUCUCGGAUGUCCACAUCGACCACGGCGGUGCGGUGUUGAAGUGGGCAGAAGGGAUCAAUGACAAGGAGUUCAAGAACGACAUUCUCAUCGUUGCCGGUGAUUUGGGCGACACCUUCAACGCUAUCAAGCGCGGCUGUUUCGGGGGGGUUGAGCCCAAGAGGGUCAUGGGAUCACGUGAAGAGUUUGGGCUACAGGACUCAAAAGUGGCCCUACGAUAUGGUGAUGGCACUGCCCUUCUGGACAGCCUUCCAGAGUCGCUUCAAACACAACACAUCGCAGGUGAUGUGGAUGUCAGCGGUUUGGGCGCUGGCGAUUCUGCUCUGCUUGCCAAGUUCCUGGAGGAAGGAGAAGCUGAUCUUUUCUUUCAGAAUUUGCUGCCUGGUGGCGAGAUCGAGUAUCAGCAGUGGUAUCACAUGCCAGACAAGAAGAAGCCAAAUGAAGCGCUGAAGCGCUUGCAGCGGGUCAAAGUGGCCAUGGCAGAUCCAGAAGAGGCUGGACUGCCCUGGUACCGAUUUCCGGUGAAUGAUCAACAGCGGUAUGGUAUUCUGCCCAUGUCGCCAACCAUUCGGGAGCUUUGCUCGCGUGCAAGCAAGCGCACUGGUUUCAUCUUCAAUCAUGCUGUUGUGUUGUACUACGCUGAUGGGAAUGAAUGCAUUGGAUUUCACAAGGACAAGACCUUAGAUUUAGACGAAGAGGCACCCAUUGUCAGCAUCUCCCUGGGACGACCUGGCCGGCCUUACAUCUUGCGGGACAACAUUUUUCAGCCCACGCAGCAGACAGAGAUCUUCUUGUCUCAUGGUGCAUUGUUCCAGUUGGGUGCCAAGACCAAUUCAUCCUACUAUCACGCCGUGAAGCAAACCACAGCAGCUGCCACUGGGCCACGCGUAUCAAUCACCUUCCGUCGAGUGCUAUCCUACAAGACUGAUUCAGGGGAUUUGAUUGGACAGGGUGCAAGCUAUGCUUCGUUGAAUUGGCCAACUGAGCUGAAUGGCCAACACCGUCUCGACGAUGCCUUGGAGGAGUCUGUGCCAGGUCCAACAGGUCCAACAGGUCCAGGUCAGCCUGUGGAGCCGCGUCCAAAGCGAGAGCAGCGCGGACAGCUGCAGCCCUCGGACGUGAAGUUUUUGAAAGACCUUAUCGACGAGGCGAAGUUGGAGCCCUUCUUUAAACAGAAAGACAUUCGUGGUGCAGGUUUGGCAGCUCAGGAGCUGCUGAAAAGCAAGGGUCGCCCCGAGCUGUCCAAGGCUCUGGGGCAACGAAUCGGUGAGGCUUUUAACAAAUGGAAAUCUCAGAAAGAGGCUCCCAAAGAGGCUCCAGCUCCGCAAGAGGCCCUGCCCAAAGCGACGCCACCGAAGUCGGUGGCCACCUCAACUGCCAUCACUGCACCCAGCUGCUGGUCCUUUGGAGCCAAGUUGCUGCAAUGGUUCCGGGUGACUCCCGAAGUGACCCCCCAGGAGAUCCUCAAGUAUUGGUUUGGCGAUGAGCCCUACAAGUUCCGUGGUGGACUUUGGUGGCGGGGCAUCGAUCCCAACAUGCCGUUGGAUGGCCAGGAAGGCACAGAUCGUCGAAUCCGCGAGAGGUACAGCAAGUUAAUUCGCAGCUGUGCGAAUGGUCUCCCAGAAUCGCUGCGUCCCUGGACCCAAAGCCCUCAGGGCUGCUGCGCCCUGGUGCUGCUUUUGGAUCAAUUUCCUCGGAAUGCAUUUCGCGGUACAGCUGAGAUGUUUCAAUACGAUUCCCUGGCGCAGGAAAUGGCAAAAGAAGCCCUAAAGGGCGAUCUUCCCUGGCCGCAUGCCACAUUCUGCUACGUUGCCUUCAUGCACUCCGAAAAAGUGGAGAUGGUUGAGGAGGCCUGCUUGGGUCUUUUGCGUGCCUUUACUGCAUUUUACUGCAAUAUCUGCAAUGGUACCACGAUGGAUCACAUCCUCUGCAACCCUCAAGAUGUGUUGCCCAGCAUGCCCCGCGCCAAGACUGCUAAGGAGAACCGCAUCAAGUCCAUGCAUGUGGAAGCACGGCAUCACGCGACGACGCUGCGAAACUUCGGACGAUAUCCACAUCGAAAUGAAGUGCUGGGCCGAACCAGCACCGUGGGAGAGCAGAAGUGGCUGCAUUCCAAAAAGCUUCCUGCGUGGGCAAUGUCAGUGCGACCUAAAUUCAACCGCACGCCUGCUGAGUCCACCACAGAACAAGAAACAGUUGCGCCAGGGAUGGUGGUUGACACUUCGGUGUCUGCAGUCCCAAAGACGCGAGUUCUGGUUCUCCAUAGCAAUCGCCAAAACUCACAGGAUUUCAAGACUCUUGGGUUGAAUGAGCGCAAUGAUGUCCAGGAAAUCGCCAAGUUGCACUUCCUGGAAGCUCCCCAUGCAUACACGCCAAUGGGAGAGGCCGAAGAACAAUCUGCCCACCUGGGAAUUGCUGCCAAGAACCGCUGCUGGUGGAAUUCCACUGAUGACCCAGCGACCAUGCGCUAUGUUGGUUUCGACAAGACUCUGGAACACAUUGAGAAGGCCUUUGUCGAAGAGGGCCCCUUCGACGGCGUGGUCGGCUUCUCUCAGGGUGGAUGCCUUGCUGGGCUGCUUGCAGCUAUGCAGCCACGUGGCACCAUGAGGUUCAAUUUUUGUGUCUUGAUUUCUGGAUUCUACUGCCGUGAUGUCGAGCUGUGCAAACUGCAGCUGGAAGCAGUGCCUGAAAGGCAUCAGCAGGAGCUGGUGAAGGCCAAAGAAGGUGCUGUGGAGAUGCCAUCCUUCCACAUUUGGGGUUUGGAGGAUCAACUGGUGGAACCCUGGCGUUCGCAGAUUUUGUCUCAAACCUUUAAGGAUCCCAUCAUUGCAACUCACCCAGCAGAUCAUUUCAGCCAAGGACGUCAUCAUUGGCCUAUCACCCAGCUGGCUGACUGGUUGCUGAAAUCGGGACUUGCUGCUGAGCCCACAGUGGCUGCACCAGACUCUGCUGAUGUGUCACCUUGGGCCAGGAUAAUGAAAGGCAGCGGAGUGGCGCACGUCUCCCUGGAGGAUGUGAAGGAAGCAGUGGAAGUAGCGGGCGACGAGACCAAGAAGCUGCGACAGCUGUUGGAUCGAGCAUUGUCACUGCUUCCGUGGAAUUCCAAAGUAGCUCAGCCCUUCGCAGCAUACUGGAUCUUCAUCCUGGUGGCUUCGGAACACCCGUUUCAAGGCUGCCAUGACGACUUGCUGAAGGAACUAGUGGACGCAGGCGGUUGGAAGACCACCCUUCACCUGCAUCAAAUCAUCGAGGAGAUGAAUGAAGACUCUCAGGAGGCACGUCGCCUUUAA